AUCUUUCCCCUAGCAGCAGUGUAAUAUUAACAGGGUGGAGGAUGGUGAGUGGAUCUGAGAGGAGAUGUGGACUGUUACAGCAGUAAAUCACACGCUCAUGUGUCAGUAAUCAGUGAGUGCAGUGUAAUGGCGGGACUGUCGCAUUUAGUGCUGCGUGUCUCGGGCACGUACGGAGUGUUUUCUAAAGGACUCAGCAGAACUCUGCUCAUAUUCUUUGAUCUCGCCUGGAGACUCAGAGUCAGAUUUCCAUAUCUGUAUGUCAUUGCCUCAAUGAUGUUUAACGUGCGACUACAGGUUCACAUUGAGAUUCAUUGAUUAAUAGAUGCCUCACUGAGAAAUAUUCACCAUUUGGCCAAAGUCCGAGAAUGAGACUCGAUCCUAUGGUUACCCCGGAGCUCAUCAACUUACACCAUGGAUUAUAAAUAACAGGCAGAAACACAGAUGCAAACAUGCUGACUGUGAUAUCAGUGGGAAUUAUCCGUACUGUAUGGACAUUUCCAGGAGAUGAGCAGAAUUAUAUGAUGCUGCAUCACCCACAGUUUCGUGUUACUUUUGCACAUUCUGGACGGUAAAUGACUCUUAAACCAUUGGACAAAAUCCCAUGAGAGUCAAAAUGACAGAAUAAAACUUUGUGAUGAGUUGCUGUACGUGUUUUAGCAUGAGAAACUUGAGUGCAACAGUGUUAAGAUGUCUUUUCUUGCACACUUUAAUUUUAGCUAGUUUUGUUUAGUCACCGCAUGACAUCUCUUAGAGAGGGAUGGACUCCACCAUACACAAUCCAGAGAUUUCAUUUACUCUAACACAGUGUCUACUGUUACAUUAAACUACAGGGAUUUGUAUAUGGUAUGGAUUCAUUUGUUUGUCUUUUUGUCGUUAUGGAAUCUGUGCAUUAUUUAGCAAGUGCAUUUUGAUUAAUCUGGGAGGUUUGUGAAUGUACUCUGAUUUAACUUUAAAAUAAACUAUGAGAAAUGUUG